GAUUUGGUCAUCAUCUCUUUCUUUCUGUGAUAGAAAGAAAGAAAGAAAACAUAAAGGAGUGAGACAAAGGGAAUUGGGCUGGUCGAUCGAUCGAAGAUGAUGAUGAAGAAAACAACAACAACAACCCACUUUGCCAUUUAGAGCUUGAAAACACCCAAAUCACAUCUACUACUUCAUCUUCAUCACCAGAGAGAGAAAGAGAAAGAAGAUUAAUGGCGCUCUUGCAGAAAGAAAGCGUCUUCAUAUCUUCUCUCGUCAUCCUCUGGUACUCUGCCAACAUUGGUGUUCUUCUCCUCAACAAAUUUCUCCUCUCUAAUUAUGGUUUCCGAUUCCCGAUUUUCCUCACAAUGUGUCACAUGACCGCCUGCGCUACCCUCAGUUACAUCUCCAUCGUCUUUCUUAAGCUCGUCCCACUCCAGAAGAUCAAAUCUAGGUCUCAGUUCUUAAGAAUUGCCACCCUCGGAGUUGUCUUCUGUGCCUCUGUCGUCGGCGGUAAUAUCUCCUUAAGGUAUCUACCCGUCUCUUUCAAUCAGGCCGUCGGCGCCACCACUCCAUUUUUCACGGCCGUCUUUGCCUAUCUCAUGACCUUCAAGAGAGAGGCUUGGAUAACGUACGGUGCUCUUAUCCCUGUUGUUGCAGGUGUCGUCGUUGCUAGUGGGGGUGAGCCAGGUUUUCACUUGUUUGGAUUCAUCAUGUGCUUAGGUGCAACUGCUGCAAGAGCAUUCAAGUCUGUUCUUCAGAGUAUCCUACUUUCUUCUGAAGGGGAGAAGUUGAACUCUAUGAAUCUUCUAUUGUAUAUGUCCCCUGUAGCUGUAAUCGUUCUGUUGCCUGCUACGCUUAUAAUGGAACCAGACGUUCUUGAUGUAACCGUUGCACUUGGACAGAAACACAGAUUCAUGUUUCUUCUCCUCUUUAUCAAUUCCGCAGCUGCUUAUUUGGCCAACUUAACCAACUUCUUGGUCACUAAGCAUACCAGUGCUUUGACACUGCAGGUAUUAGGCAAUGCAAAAGGUGCAGUCGCGGUUGUGAUCUCGAUACUCUUGUUCCGAAACCCUGUAACCUUCGUCGGUAUUGCAGGCUACAGUCUGACCGUCAUGGGGGUGGUGGCUUAUGGCGAGACCAAACGAAGAUAUAAAUGAUAUUUUUCGAUUUUUAUUUAAGCGGACAAACUUUAUUUAUUUUCUAAGACAAGUGCUAUUAUUAGCGGCUAUUCUAUUUAGAUACGACAAUAUUUUCUUUAGCAGU